CACUCUCUCCUUCAUUCUGAUUAUAAAAAAUAUCUCCAACAACUUCGCCGGAGGAAUUCCGGCGAACACGUUGAACCUCCGCCAAUGGAAAACUCCAAACAAACACCUUCGAUUCUCUCCAAGCAACGCUCGUGGUCACCGGACAUCCACCGCGACAUCGAAUGGCAGAAACUUAAAAACAAUCAACGACGUCGUUUCCGCCACCGCCGGAGCAAGAGCAUCGACGGUGCUGCUACUGACACUGACAUCACUGACGAUGACGUCAAGGAGCUCAAAGCGUGUUUUGACCUAGGUUUCGGUUUCCUUCCGUGUACCGAUUUGGAUCCGAAACUCUCGCAUGCUUUUCCGGCACUCGAAUUUUACGCUGCUGUUAACCGCCAGUAUAAUAGUAGACUCCUGUCAAGGUCCUCUUCGUUAAGCUCCGAUUCUUCGUCGAGUUCUUCGUCUCCGACCUCCGUGAUUAUCGAUCCAAGUGAUGAUCCGCAAAAAGUGAAGAUGAGAUUGAAACAAUGGGCGCAACUGGUUACAUGUUCAGUUCUGGAAAGUUCUUCUUCACAGCUAGCGAAUAACAAAUCUGUUGCAGAAUAGAAGAAAGAGGUGAUCAAGUAACAGCAUGUGUACAUAUUAAAUUGAAUGAAAAAACUUCCUUUGCUAAAGAAGGAAUCAACAUCUGAUUCUAUCUAAUCUAAUUUGGUAGAAUAUUUCUGCAAUCAUUGAAUGAUUUUUUUUAACUUUAACAUGUAUUUUUGAGCA